AUGCGUUCCAUACUUUGUCUGGUAGUUUCUGCAGCCUUGCUGGCUGUCUUUGUGAGGGAUGCUCUGGCGGAAGGCGAUGCAGCACUAAUGCCAAAGGCGGAGGAGCAGCAACUGCAGCCACAGCACCUACUGGCAGAAGGAGGAGAUGUUGAUGUAGAUGUCACAGGGGACCGGGUGCGGCGUCAAGUUGGAGGAUUUGCAGUCGGCUUGGGUGCUUUUGGAGGAAGGCAAGGACGAGACCGCUUUGACCCCUAUCGCGGGGGUCCCUAUUGCGGGGGUCCCUAUUGCGGGCCCGUCUAUGGCGGUCCCCCUGGCCGAAGAUAUGCUGGACGCUUCCCUGGCGGCUUCUAUGGUCGCUGA